AAAAAAUGUUUAGAAGCCCAUUAUCUAAAAUUAUAUAAGAUUCUUAUGAUAGAAUAAGAUAAAGAAGAAUAUUUGUUAAUAACUAAAUAAUCAGUAGAUAAACUUACUAAACUAGAGAAUUACCUAGUAGAGAAUAUAAACAUUAUUAGUAAAAGAGUAAUGUAUUACAUGUGUACAAUUGAUAAAAUAUAUAAUCACGUAGUCACAUAAUUAUACACUCGAGUUGGAAGGAUUCCCUUUAAUUGUUCUAACCUUAUCUGACUUCGUAUGGAGCAAGUUUCCAUGAUGCGUGUCACAAUAUUUACAUAUUAAUGAAAAGGGAAUAUGUACCGAGUGAAUAAUUUGUUUCCUCUAUUUUUAUGUAUCAUUAAAAAUGAACAAUCUUGGCCUGAGUUUAAUUCUGAAAAUGGGAUGUCUUUGCGCCAAGGAAACUAUUACUGUAAAUACGAAAAAGUAUACAGUUCGCGAACAUCUGGGAGAAGGUGGAUUUAGUACAGUACUUUUAGUAGAAGAUAAUAUAACACAUAGAAAAUAUGCAAUUAAAAAGAUUGUUUGUCAUGGGCCUGAAGACCAGCAUAUAGCAGUAAAAGAAAUAGAAUAUCAUAGUCUUGUAAAGCAUCCAAAUGUUAUAGAAUGUAUUGAUUCCACACACAAAGGAACAGCAGAUCCAGUUGUAAAUGCAACUAGUGAAGUACUACUUGUACUACCUUAUUAUUAUAGAGGUACACUAGCACACGAAUUAGAAAGACGAGCCAAAAAUAAUGAUUAUAUGAAUCCCAUAGAUAUUUUAAAUAUCUUUUUACAAAUAUGCGAGGGUGUAAAAGCUUUUCACGAGGCAAAGCCAAAUCCUCUUGCACAUAGGGAUCUAAAGACUGCAAAUAUAGUCUUGAAUGAUCAAGAUAUACCUGUUAUAAUGGAUUUAGGAUCUGUAGCACCAGCAAGAGUUAAAGUUUGUGGUAAUCAAGCAGCUCAAACAUUGCAAGAUAUAGCAGCUGAAAGAUGUUCAAUGCCCUAUAGAGCACCAGAGCUAUUCAAUGUUGAAAGCUAUUGUAUGAUUGAUGAACGAACAGAUAUUUGGUCUUUGGGUUGUAUUCUAUAUGCUUUAUGUUACUUUAAGUCUCCUUUUGAUACCGUUUAUGAAAGAGGAGAUAGUGUGGCACUUGCUGUUAUAAGUGCGAAUAUUACAUUUCCAGAAGAAGCACCUUAUAACGAAGAUAUGCAAAAUUUAAUUCUCUCCAUGUUAAAAGUUAAUCCAAUGGAGCGGCCUUAUAUAUAUAGUGUAAUAGAAAGUGUGCAUGAUACUAUAGCAAAAUUUGAAGGUAGAGUGUAAUUUUAGGGUUAACAAAUUAGAUAUAUUUCUGCUUUAAGUUUAUACAAAAAAAAAUAGAUUUUUUGUUACAAGUUCAAAAAUUUUGAAUGAUGAAUAAAGUGAAUAGAGCAGUGAUAGAUUUUUAUACACUAAACGGAAUGAAAUAUAAUUUUCAUAAAUAAGUUAUCAAUACACUCAUGGAUAAAUUACGCUAAAACUAUGUCCAAUGAGUAAAAUUGUAAAGAUUCAAACGUCCAGAAUAUAUUAAUAUGCAUUUAUAGUGCUUUUAUAAAACUGUUAAAUAAUGAACAAAUGACUUUCAUAUUACAUUUUUAUAAGUGAUCAGAGACUAUGUAAUUAUAUAGGAACUAUUUAAGAAAUUAUCCUUAUCUAGAUAUUACUAUAAGACUAAAUCUUAUUCAGAGGUAGUAUUUCCUUAACAGAAACGUUAAU